AUGCUUCUCCCGUCCGCGUUCUCCUGCGAUGGCGGAUCGCACGCCGCGCCUCAAGCCAGAUCACAGGCUGGCCGCUUCGUAUCGCCGCCGUCCAGCCCAACGACUCUGUCUGCUCAAUACUCCAUCGACAACAUCAUGAACACCUGCCGCUCCCUCCAGUCUCUCAUCUCCAUGACCGCCUCCAACACCGACCACGGCGCGCUUGCGCCCGCGCCCACCCUCACGCAACUCCCUACGCCGCCCCUCGCACAUGCCCCGACGCCUAUGAAGUUGCGCCUGCGGUCGCGCGCCGCCAAGACGGACGGCAAAGGCGACGAGACUCCAGUGGCAAGGAAGAGGAUUGCGAAGCGCGCGCCUCCGAGAGGCGUCAACAAACGCCGGCGCGACGACAGCGACGACAUGGGGCGCAACGACGAGUCCGACAUGGACACUGAGGCCGAGCUGGAGGCUGAGGCACUACAAAUCCCGCCCUUGUCAUCGUCAUCGCCGCAGGCGCCGUCGACACCCAAGCGCGCGCGCAUCUCGCCCGAACAACUGCCCCUGGGCCUCGAGCGCUCCGACUUUCACAACGUUCACCUCCAGGAAGGCAGCGCCCUUGACCAGGAGACGGAAAAGCCCGGCACAGACGUCCAGGUUGAGGCGGACGGCACUGAAUGGAGCGUCGAAGACGACCGCGUCCUCGUUGAGCUGGUGCUCGAGAAGCUGAAGCUGUCCAAGAUGGAGUGGAAAGACUGCGCGCGAAGUCUGGGCAAGGACCGGCACAGCGUCAAUAGGCGCUGGAAAAGCCUCAUCAUGAACGGCGACAUUGGAGUCAAGACGAGGAGUCGGCGAGCGAGAAUUCACUCGACUUGGCGAUGA